CGGUGCCGGCCCGGACCCCAGAGCGCUGCGGGCGGCGGAGAGCGGCGGGGGCUGCCCGAGCGCUGGGGCAUGGCCGUCAAUGUGUACUCCACCUCGGUGACCAGCGAGAACCUGAGCCGCCAUGACAUGCUGGCCUGGGUCAACGACUCCCUGCAGCUCAACUACACCAAGAUCGAGCAGCUCUGCUCAGGGGCUGCCUACUGCCAGUUCAUGGACAUGCUGUUUCCCGGCUGCGUGCACCUGCGGAAGGUGAAGUUCCAGGCCAAACUGGAGCACGAGUACAUCCACAACUUCAAAGUGUUGCAGGCCGCCUUCAAGAAGAUGGGAGUGGAUAAGAUCAUCGCAGUGGAGAGGCUGGUGAAGGGAAAGUUCCAGGACAACUUUGAGUUCAUCCAAUGGUUCAAGAAGUUCUUCGAUGCCAACUACGACGGGAAGGAAUACAACCCACUGCUGGCACGGCAGGGCCAGGACGUGGCGCCUGCCCCUAACCCAGGUGAUCACAGCUUCAACAAACCCAAGAAACUCAUUGGCACUGCAGUCCCACAGAGGACCUCCCCCACGGGCCCCAAGAACACGCAGCACCCGGCACGCCUGGGCAACGUCCCCACUGGCAUCCUGCGGAAAAACUCACCUGCCACCCGCAACGGGGGCCCCGAUGCUGACGCACAGAUCUUGGAGCUCAACCAGCAGCUGAUGGAUCUGAAGCUGACGGUGGACGGCUUGGAGAAGGAGCGGGAUUUCUACUUCAGCAAACUGCGGGACAUCGAACUCAUCUGCCAGGAGCACGAGAACGAGAACAGCCCCAUCAUCAGCGGCAUCGUCAGCGUGCUCUACGCCACCGAGGAGGGCUUUGCCCCGCCGGAGGACGACGAGCUGGAGGAGCAGCAAACGGAGGAGCAGGACGAGUACUGACCCGCCGCGCCCCACCCCACGUCCGACCCCUCCAUAGACAUUGAGGCCCGAGUCCCCGCACCCCACCGCCAUCGCAGCUCCGUGGGACGAUGCCGAUGUCCACAAUAAACCAAACACCGCACAGCGGAGCGGGGCCGUGCGUCUGCCGGGGGGGACGCGCCCCAGCCCCACCCUCGCCCCUUUCACCCCAUAUUUAUUUCAGUUCCUCUCCGCCCCCACUGUGCCAUGGCUUUGGGACGGGGUGGGGGGCAGCCCCGGUGCCUCCACCCUGAGUCGGGGGGUCCGCGCCGGGCCCGCAGCCCU